AUGCAUCCCUCUCCGCGGAGACCGGCCGCUGCCACCGCCAACCCUGCCAUGCUACUGCUGCUCCUGUGCCUGGGCUGGGCGCCGCCGGGCUGGGGCUGGCCGCGGGGCAGCUCCCGGGGGGCGGCCGGGCUGCCCCCCAACGCCACCACGCCGAUCUCCAUCAUGGGCUUGAUGCCGCUCAGCCAGUCCGAGGAGGACCAGAAGAGCAGGAUCGGCCGGGGAGUGCUGCCCGCCGUGCAGCUGGCCAUGGAUCAGAUCCGCAACGAGUCCCUGCUCAACCCCUAUUUCCUGGACCUGCGGCUCUACGACACGGAGUGUGAUAAUGCAAAAGGACUCAAAGCCUUCUAUGAUGCAAUAAAAUAUGGACCUAAUCACCUGAUGGUUUUUGGUGGUGUAUGUGCAACAGUUACUUCUAUCAUUGCUGAAUCUCUAAAGGGAUGGAAUUUGGUUCAGCUUUCAUUUGCAGCAACAACUCCAGAGUUGGCUGAUAAGAAAAAAUAUCCUUAUUUCUUCCGGACAGUGCCAUCUGAUAAUGCAGUGAAUCCAGCAAUUUUGAAGUUACUCAAACAUUAUCAUUGGAAGAGAGUAGGAACUUUAACCCAGGAUGUACAAAGGUUCUCUGAGGUGAGGAAUGAUCUGACUGGCGUCCUUUAUGGUGAAGACAUCGAGAUUUCAGAUACUGAGAGUUUCUCCAAUGAUCCCUGCACAAGUGUAAAGAAGCUUAAGGGUAAUGACGUUCGGAUAAUCCUUGGCCAGUUUGAUGAGGAAAUGGCUGUGAAAGUUUUCUGCUGUGCUUAUGAUGAAGAAAUGUAUGGCAGCAAAUACCAGUGGAUUAUUCCAGGCUGGUAUGAAAAUCUUUGGUGGGAAUCCUGGAUUAACUCCUCACAGUGUCUCAGCAAAAAUCUUCUUGCAGCCAUGGAAGGUUAUAUUGGAGUGGAUUUUGAACCUCUCAGUUCAAAAACCAAUAAGACUAUAUCGGGAAGGACUCCACAGCAGUAUGAAAAGGAAUACAAUGCUAAGCGUGGUGAUGGGCAAUCCAGCAAAUUUCAUGGUUAUGCCUAUGAUGGAAUAUGGGUGAUUGCCAGGACCCUGCAGCGGGCAAUGAAUUAUCUGAAUGCCACCAACAAGCACCAAAAAAUUGAAGACUUUAACUACACAAAUCACAAACUCGGCAAGAUUUUUCUGAAUGCUAUGAAUGAAACCAGGUUCUUUGGAGUGACGGGUGAAGUUGUUUUCAGAAAUGGAGAGAGGAUGGGAACCAUCAAAUUUACACAAUUCCAAGAACAAAAGGAAGUAAAGGUAGGAGAAUACAAUGCUGUGGAUGACAAAUUGGUAAUAAUCAACAACAGCAUCAGGUUCCAAGGACUUGAGCCUCCGAAGGACAAAACAAUUAUACAAGAGGAGCUGCGCAAAAUCUCCCUGCCUCUCUACAGCAUCCUCUCUGCCCUCACAAUCCUAGGAAUGAUAAUGGCCAGCGCUUUCUUGUUCUUUAACAUCAAAAACAGAAAUCAGAAACUAAUAAAGAUGUCCAGUCCCUACAUGAACAACCUUAUUAUCCUUGGAGGGAUGCUUUCUUAUGCAUCUAUUUUUCUUUUUGGUCUUGAUGGAUCCUUUGUCUCCGAAAAGACAUUUGAGACACUUUGCACAGUCCGAACAUGGAUUCUUACAGUGGGAUACACAACUGCAUUUGGAGCAAUGUUUGCAAAAACGUGGAGAGUCCAUGCAAUUUUCAAAAAUGUAAAAAUGAAGAAAAAGAUCAUUAAAGACCAGAAGCUACUGGGGAUAGUUGGAGGGAUGCUACUGAUUGAUCUUUGCAUCCUGAUUUGCUGGCAGGUUGUGGAUCCUUUGAGGAGGACAGUGGAAAAGUAUAACAUGGAGCCGGACCCUGCGGGCAGAGAUAUCUCCAUCCGGCCAAUCUUGGAGCACUGCGAGAACACCCACAUGACCAUUUGGCUUGGGAUCGUCUAUGCUUACAAAGGGCUGCUGAUGUUAUUUGGGUGUUUCCUCGCCUGGGAGACACGAAAUGUCAGCAUUCCUGCUUUGAAUGACAGCAAGUACAUCGGCAUGAGCGUAUACAACGUGGGGAUAAUGUGCAUUAUCGGGGCUGCUGUUUCAUUCCUUACUCGGGACCAGCCCAAUGUGCAGUUCUGCAUCGUUGCUUUAGUCAUAAUAUUCUGCAGCACCAUUACUCUCUGCCUUGUGUUUGUACCUAAGCUCAUCACACUGCGAACAAAUCCAGAUGCAGCCACACAGAACAGACGGUUUCAGUUCACUCAAAACCAAAAGAAAGAAGAUUCAAAAACAUCAACAUCAGUCACCAGCGUCAAUCAGGCCAGCACGUCUCGACUAGAAGGAUUGCAGUCAGAGAACCACCGCUUGAGAAUGAAAAUUACAGAGCUGGAUAAAGACUUGGAAGAGGUCACAAUGCAACUUCAGGACACUCCUGAGAAAACAACAUACAUUAAGCAGAACCACUAUCAGGACCUUAAUGACAUUCUUAGUAUACGGAACUUCACAGAUGGCAAAGAUGGUGAGAAAGCCAUUUUGAAAAAUCAUCUUGAUCAAAAUCCACCAGCACAGUGGGGCUCAUCAGACCCUUCCAGAACAAGCAAAGAUCCCAUAGAAGACAUCAACUCUCCAGAACACAUACAGCGCCGGCUGUCCUUGCAGCUGCCCAUCCUCCAUCACGCCUACCUGCCGUCCAUAGGAGGAGUCGAUGCCAGCUGUGCCAGCCCGUGUGUAAGCCCCAGUGCCAGCCCUCGGCACAGACACGUGCCACCCUCCUUCCGAGUGAUGGUUUCAGGGCUGUAGGAGGGGGAGAUCAGUGCUUCCUGAACUGCUUUUAAGUACUCAAUGACUGGACUAAACAUCUGACCUAGAACUCUGCUACAAACAUGUAACAUUGGCUCUUACCGCAGAGGAACUUCUGCUGAGGCCCUCGUCACAGGAGUGCUCACGUAACUCGUGUGAAAAAGCAAAGGAGGACACAAAGAGUUUGAUCUGUAGCCUUAUUCAUGGAGUUUUUAUUUCUUCACCUAGAAGUC